CCUGGGGGCGCCGCUGCAAGCUUUCAGCCAGAGAGGAGGGAGCAGUGGAGGGGCCCUUGGCACCUUCCCAGCCUGCGCCCAGAUGCUGCGAGCCCUGACCGGUGCCCUGCGCCUUCCACGCCCCUGGAGACCCCUUCAGACCCGCAGCUGCGCCUCCGAUGGGGCGGCUGGGGACCCGGAGAUCCAAGUGCGCGUCCUGGCAGGUCCAGACCAAGGAAUCACGGAGAUCCUGAUGAACAGACCAAGUGCCCGUAAUGCCCUGGGGAAUGUCUUGGUCAGUGAGCUUCUGGAAGCUCUGGCCCGGCUGCGGGAGGACCAGCAAGUACGCGUUCUGCUAUUCAGAAGUGGAGUGAAGGGUGUAUUCUGUGCAGGUGCAGACCUGAAGGAGCGGGAGCAGAUGAGUGAGGCGGAAGUGGGGAUCUUUGUCCAGCGGCUCCGAGGCCUGAUGAAUGAGAUUGCAGCCUUCCCGGCACCCACUAUUGCGGCUAUGGACGGGUUUGCCUUGGGUGGAGGCCUGGAACUUGCCCUGGCCUGUGAUCUCCGAGUAGCAGGUACUGGGCAGAAGAAGAGGUGGGACAGGGUGAGAAGGGAAGAAGUAAAGCAGGCUUCCUCGGCUGUCAUGGGGCUGAUUGAGACCACCCGAGGGCUCCUCCCAGGAGCAGGAGGGACUCAGAGGCUGCCUCGAUGUCUAGGGGUGGCCCUGGCAAAGGAGCUCAUCUUCACAGGCCGAAGACUGAGUGGUGCACAGGCUCAAGCCCUGGGGUUGGUGAACCACACUGUUCCCCAGAAUGAGGAGGGCAAUGCUGCCUACCACCGGGCAAGAGCGCUGGCCCAGGAGAUCCUGCCCCAGGCACCCAUUGCUGUGCGGCUGGGCAAAGUAGCCAUUGACAGAGGAAUGGAUGUGGACAUCGCAUCAGGGAUGGCCAUUGAAGGGAUAUGCUAUGCCCAGAACAUCCCCACCCAGGACCGGCUAGAGGGCAUGGCAGCCUUCAGGGAGAAGCGGCCCCCCAGAUUUGUUGGCAAAUGACUCCCAUUUAAGUAUGGGAGAUGCAAGCCAUCAAGGGCAAGAUCCACAAGGACAAUGAUAGAUAUAAAACAACUGGCAUGGUGUCUGAUACCAAGGUACUGACCAUGCCACUGACUGCUACCUUCGUUAUUCCUUAUCCUGGGGCUAGAUGACCACUGGGGUCAAGUUAGCUUUGGAGAAUAUCUGUCUCUCCCUAUUUGAAUGGUAAACUAAGGAUUAAAAUAGACCACUCUGGGUCUUUAUAUUAUUGACUCUCAGGCCUGGCCUGACCUCUGCCACUCAAUUAUCGGGUGCUCACCAGAGACAGCAAAAGGUUGUAAGAACCCUCCAGUUUCUUCCUCCAUACGAUAGGGAUAAUAUGGAAACCCUGGUCAUGGUAGAACAGGCAUCAGCAAUCAGACUGCAGAUCCCAGCUCUCCUAGUUAUUCAUUGUGUGCCUCAGCUUCUUCAGCUGCAAAAUGAAACUGUUAAAAACAAAAAAAGCCUAUGCCUCAUGUUCAAUAAAUGUGAGUUAUUAUUACUGUACAGUGCUCUUGUGAGAACCGGAUGAAAUCAUCACUGUGAAAACUUUUUGUAAACUAUAGGGUGGCAGGCAAUCUUUGAUGGCUGCAGUACACAGUGCUCUCAGGAGCACUGAGAAGGGAGCAGGUUAAGUCUGAAGGAGAGAAUGGAGGGUCAGGAAAUGGUCAGGUAACACUGGAGUGAAGCCUGAACGUUCAAUAGGCAUUUGAGGCAAAGAAAGGAAGGGUAAGGGAAACAGCAUGAGGGAAAGUGAGCAAGAGGAUGACACACUUAGAAAUGAUGGUGGCUGAUAAACACAUAUGCACACUAAGCCUCAUAGCCCUCCUCCUGUACCAAGGUAGGAAAAGAGAAGGCUGCAUCUUAAGCUGCGGCCUUAUGAUCAUUCUUUAACUCAUCUCAGCUUCCCCAGCUUAGGGCUGGCCUAGAGAUACUAAGCCAAGGGCAUGGAUACAUACCAGUAACAUUGUCGAUGUGCUGCUAAAUACAAGUGUGCCCAAGGCUGUGCUCAUUUCCUGGAAGGAAUAGUAACAGAGCCCAGGCCUUAGAAUCAGAAAAGAACCACAUUAGCUGGAGCCACGCAUUCCUUGUAACUACUCAGUAAAGUAACAAUGUUACUUAACCUCCUUUUUCUCAUCUGUUAAAUGGGGAGAAUACAACUUAUCUAUAUCAAAGGACUAUCAUGAAUGAAACAAAGUUCAGAGGGCUGCCUCAACAGGCACUAGUUCUUACCACAUCCUCCUAUCAGUAAGAGUUAGUAUCUGGCAACAGAAUGUUCUAAAAUACUAGAACCCAGGUCAGGAACUGAAGACAGCCUUUUGGAAUCAUGCAAAAGAGUGCAUACGAGAAAAUACAGUGCAGUUUCAGAACUGUGGAAGGAAAGAGAUUACAAAUUCUCCUUAUCUUGCUCACUGGUGAGCAAGAAUUUGAAUAUGAUUUAGAGUAAGGAUAAGCCUCAUUUGAUUCCAAAAGACAGUACACAGAACUCCAGUAAGAAUCGGGCCAGUUCGGAGUGCUGAGCGACCAGCUUUUGAUAUGGGCUCGGGUCAUGAUCUUGUGGUUUGUGGGUUCAAGCCCCACGUCAGGCUCUGCACUGACAGCAAGGAAUCUGCUUGGGAUUCUCUCUCCCUCUCUCAAAAAAUAAAAAAUAAAUUAAAAAAAAAAAAGUCUGGCCAGCUAAAGCACAAACAUCUAGUAUAAAAAUAGGCCACUAAUCAAAAAGGAAUAUACUUUUGUUCUUUGGAAAACUUAAACAGAGGAAUGGCAAAACACAUUUCGUUGGUUGUCAAUAAUAAGGAAGGAAUUCAUACUCUGUUCCACAGAGGUUUGCAAAGGACACAGACAGAAGCCUCUGAUAGUUUAUACUGCAGUUGAGGCUGGUUCUCAAAAGCCCAUUAUAUUUCUUGUCUUCAUGCUAGGUAAGAGCACUCUUGAAAUCUAUAGCAAAGUCUUUUUUCUGGCCCUUCCUCUUCUUCUCAGUUUUGGUCACAAUCCCAUUUAAAUCAAAACUUUGAGGGAUCAAGAUUUACAAUGCCCAUAUAAUCAUCAUCUAAACCCUCUACUCACAGUCAUCAAGUCCUACUAUUUUCCACCAGCACAUCCACUUACACAGAAUGUUAUGUUCAGUCUAGUGUGUAAAGUUGGAGCAAAAGAGGCCAAAAGCAGAAUACCCAAAAUUGUAAAAAAUAUAUUUUUUCCUUCCCUCUACCCCACAAGUGGAAGGUACUUUGGUAUUAAAAAAAAAAAAAA